AUGCAGUUUAUGCAGCAAGUGAUGCAGCAUGAGAUGCAGCAGCAGCAACAGCAUCAGCAGCAGCACCAGCAGCAGCCAGACCGGCAAGGAAUGGCUUUCUUCAACCAGCAGCAGCAGCAGCAGCAGCAGCGGUUUCCGCAGCAGAACUCACAGCAACCGCAGAUGCAGUUCUACGACGCGCAGCAGUUUCACCAGCAGCAGGUCCUUUACUGGCCGAAUCAGAUGCAGCAGCAUGCCGUGAAUCCGCAGCAGUUCAACCACCAGAUGCAGAUGCAGAUGCAGCAGGCUAUGUCACAGCAGCCGCAGCUGCAGGCGUUUGCCCCUAUGCCGCAGAUGCAGCAAAUGGUACUGGUUGCAGUGCCUGUUGUGCCAGAGAACGCUCCAGUCGCGCAGGGCGACGAGCCCGCGCCGCAAGUAGACAUGGAGCAGCUGCGCAACUUUAGCAUGGGUAAUCGUGCACCCUCGGUGUCCUCAACGCCUUCAGAGAUUUCCAUGGAAAUGGGGUCCUCCGUUUCUACCCAGACUCCAAGCCAUCGGGCGGAGCGCGCCGCCACGUCCAGGUGGAAUGGCAAAGAAUCGGAGGCAGUUGUGCGCCAGCUGCGGGCACCAGGGCUAGAUGCGGCCUCGCGCAAGAGGCUGAUCGAGCGCAUAGUGCAAGAUGCGUGGAGCAUGGCUAUAACGAAGCACGGUACCCGAGUGGUACAGGCUGCCUUCGAGAUUUCAGAGGUUUCAGAGAAGCAGAACCUGCUGGACGUCUUGAAGGGUAAGGUGUGGCAGGCGUUGAAGUCACCACAUGCCAACCAUGUGCUUCAGAAGGCGAUCGCGCACAUGCCUCCGCAGAAGCUAGACUUCAUCGUGUUCGAGCUACGAGGUCGUGUCGGGGAUGCUGCUCGGCAUCCGUUCGGUUGCCGCGUGCUUGAGCGCCUGCUGGAGCAUGGUUGGCCCGAGCAGCUGGAGCCAAUCGCGAAGGAGGUUCUAUCCGAUGUGCUGGAGCUCUGUCGACAUCCGUAUGGAAACUACGUCGUCCAGCACAGCCUGGCACAUGGCAACACAGAACAAAGGACUCGGCUUUGCGAGGCGAUGCGGCCAGAAAUGGGUCGUUUGGCAAGGCACAAGGUGGCCAGCCAUGUCGUGGAGUGUGCACUCUUGCACAGCUCCCCGGAAGAGAGAGAGAGCCUCAAGAACGCCAUGGCUGGCAACGCGGAGGAGCUUGCCAGUCUGACUGCAAGCAACUACGGCAGUUUUGUGGUGAAAGAGAUGAAAAAGCGCUGA